UAACAAGUUCCGUCGUGACUCUCGCCGCGUCUCGAAUCCCGAUAUAUGCUCCAGUGCCAUAACCUCGGCCCCUCACUCCUGAGUUCAGACCACCACAUUCCGAGACGAAAAGUGCAUUCUCGUAUCUUUCCCUCGUAACCAAACACCGGCACACGACUGCCCGGCAACGCUUUCUUCUCUGCACCAUGUCUGCUGGCUUUCGCAUCUCGCCCGCGCUCUGGGAUCGGAUCCACCACUUUGCUUCGUUUCCUCAGACUGGGGUCUCACUUCAGCAAAUGGUGCUCUUUGGGCAGAAUCCGAGUCAGGGCACGCUGCUCAAGGCCAGCCAAUUCUUGUCUGAGGAGCUCCCUGUCCGCUUGGCCCACCGUGUCAAGGAGCUGGACGAGCUCCCCCACAACUUGAGUGAGAUGCCCUCUAUCAACCGUGUCAAGAACUGGUACGCACAAUCGUUUGAGGAACUCAUCAACUUUCCUCCCAUUGCAAGCCUACCGCCGGAGAUCCGGCAAGCGCUCAUGGCACCACCGCGGACAGAGAAUGCGCCGUUUCCGGAGUCGACAGAAAAUCCAGCGGUUAUCAACGGGCGGUAUUCCAUGGGGAGCAUCACCGGCCUCGGGGGGAACGGCGGCCACGGUACAUCGGGCACCAACGGCAAUGGAUUCAACAAAUUGAGGAUGCGUGUACCAAUGGAGAGAAGGUACUAUGCUAAUCCGAAGGGUGUGAAUUGGCCACCGGAAGUGUCGGACUAUAACACGCGCUUUACAAAGGCGCUGCAAACGAUCAAGAGCCGCCACGAUCCAACUGUGACGACAGUAGCGCAAGGUGUACUGGAGUGGAAGAAGAGCAUGCGAACGAAGCACAUCGGACUGGACAUCCAGGCUUGGCUGGACCGCUUUUACAUGUCCAGAAUCGGUAUCCGAUUCCUAAUCGGGCAGCACAUUGCGCUCAAUACGCAAGAAUCACACCCAGACUAUGUUGGAAUCAUCUGCACAGAAGCUAACGUACAUGACAUCGUCCAAGAAUCAAUCGAGAACGCCCGUUUUGUUUGUGAAGAGCACUAUGCAAUGUUCCGUUCCCCGCCGGUCCAGCUCAUAUGUCCUCCAAAUCUGAUAUUUCCCUACGUUCCCGGCCAUCUCUCGCACAUCAUCUUCGAGCUUCUCAAAAACUCACUUCGUGCUGUUGUCGAACGCUUCGGAGUCGAUGCCGAAGAGAAAGACCGCGAUUUCCACUUUCCUCCGAUCAAGAUCAUCGUCGUGGAAGGUAAAGAAGAUAUCACGAUCAAGAUCUCGGACGAAGGCGGCGGCAUCCCCCGCAGUGCCAUUCCGCUCAUCUGGACGUACAUGUACACCACCAUGGAAGGCCAAGCCAUCGAUCAGGACUUCCAUGCGAGUGACUUCAGGGCGCCGAUGGCCGGCUUCGGGUACGGUCUGCCGCUUUCCAGGCUGUAUGCGCGUUAUUUUGGGGGCGAUUUGAGGUUGAUCGCGAUGGACGGCUUCGGAACUGACGUUUACAUUCAUCUCAACCGUUUAUCGAGCAGCAGAGAGCCUCUGCUAUAGUUUAGAAAUGUGUACAUUAUCUUGCCCUAUAUUGCAACCUUAACACAAAUGAUCAAUCGCGUAGCAUCCGU